AUGUUUAAUUCAAUAAGAUUGGGUUUGGCACGGAAUUCAGUGAUUAGAUGUUACUCAAAUACUGCAGUGAAUCAAGCUAAAGUUUAUUCACGUACUUACAAAAGGGCAGGACCAGUAACAAAAUCGUCAACAACAAGCACGUCAAGGUCUACUUCUACAGAUGCUUCUCCAGCUACUUCUUCUCCAAAAGAGAGUGUUAGUGAUGUUGAACCAAAUUCAGAAGUUCCAGCAAAAUCUAAUACGUCUUAUAUUUUGCACGAUGCUCCAUUGGAAGCCACAAGUGGUGAAACCAUCAAUUGGUCAGAUUCAUUUCACGGGUUAGGUUCUCAACCAUUUUCCAGAGAAAUUGCUGAAAUUUUAUUGGCACCUGUGUCAGAAGAAGAUAUUGAAAUCAAGCCAGAUGGACUAUUGUAUUUGCCCGAAAUUAAAUAUCGUCGAGUUUUGAACCGUGCGUUUGGGCCUGGUGGUUGGGGGUUAGCCCCAAGAACUGAGUCUCUUGUUACUUCAGGACAAAUAAGUCGUGAGUAUGGAUUGAUUUGUCAUGGUAGAUUGGUCAGUAUUGCUCGUGGUGAACAAGAUUACUUUGGUGGUGAAGAAAAAUUAACAACUGCAUUAGAAGGUUGUAAGAGUAAUGCCUUGAUGAGAUGUUGUAAAGAUUUAGGAAUUGCAAGUGAGUUAUGGGAUCCUUCGUUUAUUAGACGUUGGAAGAAGAAAUAUUGUGAAGAAAUCUUUGUUGAGCAUGUCAAUACUAAGAAGAAAAAGAAAAUAUGGAAGUUGAAGAGUAUCAAGACCGUGGACUAUCCAUAUAGGAUGACAUAA